AUGAUAAGAUGGAAAUCAGGAAAAAAAGUGGAUUCAAGAUUGAUUAUGCUACUAGAUUUCUUGCGAGACCUCUACAUGAAAAGGGGAGAAUUCUUCAAGAAAAUUUAUCCAUUUCAUCAUGAAGAUUUCGUUCCUAUAUUUGACAAAAUUGGUGUUGUGUUUUCAACCAACAGGAAUCAAGAAAAGAAAUUGGAGAUUAAUUCUUUCAAAAGGAGUCCAAGUGAUAGCUCAUUGAGCAAGAGUAGAGGAAUUGAUAUUGAUCAAUCUCAGUUGAAACUUGAGAAGUUUAAGGUCAAAAUCCCAGAGGUUUUAUCAGGUAGCGGUGGCAGUGGUAGCAGUGGUGGUCAAGGCCCAGGUCAAGGUGGCAUGAAGGCAUCCGGUUCCAAAUAA